AUGACUGGAAUUUUAAUGUCAUUAAUUACAGACAACAAAAAUGACAAGGACAACAAAUAUGACGGCAACAAAGGAUUAGCAGAGGAAGAGGACAACAAAUAUGAUGGCAACAAAGGAUUAGAGGAUGAGAAAUGGAUAUGUGCACACCUUGUUGUGGGAGUUAAUUUUAAUAUAAGAG